AUGAUGCAAGGUAAGAAACAUACCAAAACCCAUUCCACAUAUGCCUUUGAGAGCAAUACCAACAGCGUCGCUGCCUCUCAGAUGAGAAAUGCGCUUAACAAGCUGGCUGACACAGUUAAGGAUGAAGCAACCCGUGCCCGUUUUGAAAAUCAAUUGGACUCAUUCUUCUCCUUGUUCAGAAGAUAUUUAGUCGAGAAAGCCUCCGGAAACACCUUAGAAUGGGAUAAGAUCAAAUCUCCUAACCCUGAGCAAGUUGUUGAUUUCUCCACUAUUGAACAACAACCGGAAAACGUGUCUAAUUUAUCGAAAUUGGCAGUGUUGAAAUUAAACGGUGGUUUAGGUACGUCCAUGGGGUGUGUUGGACCUAAGUCUGUUAUUGAAGUUAGAGAGGGAAGCACCUUCUUGGAUCUGUCAGUGCGUCAAAUCGAAUAUUUGAAUAGACAGUAUGACAGUGAUGUGCCAUUGCUUUUGAUGAAUUCCUUCAACACUGACGCGGACACUGAACAUUUGAUUAAAAAAUACAGCGCAAACAGAAUUAGAAUCAGAUCUUUCAAUCAAUCCAAAUUUCCUCGUGUGUACAAGGAUUCGAUGCUACCUGUCCCCUCUUCAUAUGAUGAUGAACUGGAUGCAUGGUAUCCUCCAGGUCACGGUGACUUGUUUGAGUCUCUGCACUCUUCUGGAGAACUUGAUGCAUUGAUUGCACAAGGUAGAGAGGUUUUGUUUGUGUCCAAUGGUGACAAUCUAGGUGCUACUGUGGAUCUCAAGAUUCUAAAUCACAUGAUCGAGACAGGUGCUGAAUAUAUCAUGGAACUGACUGACAAAACUAGAGCUGACGUUAAAGGUGGUACUUUAAUAUCUUACGACGGCCAGGUUCGCUUGUUGGAGGUUGCGCAAGUUCCCAAAGAACACGUAGAUGAGUUCAAGAACAUCAGAAAGUUCAAGAAUUUCAACACCAACAACCUUUGGAUUAAUCUUAAGGCUAUUAAAAGGUUAGUUGAGUCCAAUGGAUUGCAAAUGGAAAUCAUUCCAAACCAAAAGACAAUUACGAGAGGAAAUCACGAGAUCAAUGUCAUCCAAUUGGAAACUGCUUGUGGUGCUGCUAUCAGGCAUUUUGAGGGUGCCCAUGGUGUUGUUGUACCUAGAUCUCGUUUUUUGCCAGUCAAAACAUGCUCGGAUUUGCUAUUGGUCAAAUCUGAUCUGUUCUACUUACAACAUGGCGCUCUAAAGUUAGAUCCAUCCAGAUUUGGUCCUAAUCCACUCAUCAAGCUGGGUUCCCAUUUCAAGAAAGUUUCUGGUUUUAAUGCAAGAAUACCUCAUAUCCCUAAGAUUGUUGAGUUAGACCAUUUGACAAUUACGGGUAAUGUCUUUUUGGGCAAAGGUGUUACUUUAAAGGGCACUGUCAUCAUUGUGUGUUCGGAAGGGCAAAGAAUUGAUAUUCCAAAUGGGUCAAUUCUGGAAAACGUCGUCAUUACUGGUAACUUACAGAUUCUAGAACAUUGA